CUCCAUAUAUACCAACCAUUGCACCAAUUAAACCAAGCCUUCUACUCACCACCCCAUUUCAAAAAGCCCCUGCCCCUCUCCCUCUCCCUCUAGCUUGCUAAAACUAUAUACUCGACGUAAGCCAACAAUGGCGGUUCCAUUGUCCAUUACAAUUAUAUUGAUCUCUCUUCUUCAUCUUUCUCUGCCCAUCUCCGGCUACUCUCCGGCCGCCAUCAAAGCAUGGUGCAGCCAAACGCCCCACCCCCGACCCUGCGAAUACUUCUUGAGCCACGACCCAGCCAAAUACACCCGACCCAUCAAGCAAAAAUCCGACUUCCUCCAGCUCUCUUUGCAGCUCGCCCUGGACAGGGCCAUGAACGCCCGAACCAACAUGUUCAAUCUCGGCCCCAAGUGCCGGAACCAACUCGAGAUGGCGGCUUGGGCCGACUGCCUCGAGCUCUACGAGUACACCACCCAGAUGCUCAACAAAACCGUUGAUCCAAACGCCAAGUGCAGCGAAGUGGACGCUCAAACGUGGAUCAGCACGGCUCUUACGAACCUGGAAACGUGCCGAACCGGGUUCAUCGAGCUCGGAGUUGGGGACAACUUGCUUCCUUUGAUGUCCAACAACGUCUCCAUGUUGAUCAGCAACAGCUUGGCAGUGAACCAGGUUCCGUAUAACAACGGUCCGGCCAAGUACAAAGAUGGGUUUCCGGGCUGGGUGUCCCCCGGCGACCGGAAGCUCCUGCAAUCGAGCUCCGCGGCGGCCAAGGCAAAUUUGGUGGUGGCUCAGGACGGGUCCGGCGACUACAAGACCAUAAAUGAGGCGGUUGCGGCGGCGAAGAAGCGAUCGGGAAGUGGGAGGUUUGUGAUAUACGUGAAGCAAGGGCUGUAUGCGGAGAAUGUUCAGAUCAAAUUGGAGAAUAUCAUGUUGGUCGGUGAUGGAAUCGGGAAGACCGUAGUCACCGGAAGCAAGAGUGUUGGAGGCGGCUCCACCACCUUCAAUUCAGCCACUGUGGCUGUGACCGGAGACAAGUUCAUAGCCCAGGCCAUGACAUUCAGGAACACCGCCGGGCCCAAAAACCAUCAGGCGGUGGCACUCCGCUCUGGCGCCGACCUCUCUGUCUUCUACCAGUGCAGCUUCGAGGGCUACCAAGACACCCUUUAUGUUCACUCUCAACGACAAUUUUACCGUGAAUGCGACAUCUACGGAACAGUCGACUUCAUAUUCGGAAACGCCGCUGUAGUUUUCCAAAACUGCAAUAUUUACCCCAGAAACCCUCCGAACAAGACCAACACCAUCACCGCCCAAGGACGAACUGAUCCCAACCAAAACACCGGAAUUUCAAUCCACAACUGCAAGGUCACCGCCGCUUCCGACUUGGAGUCAGCACCGGCGGGGUCCGUCAAGACCUACCUCGGCCGCCCGUGGAAGGAGUACUCCAGAACUGUUUUCAUGAAGACUUUUCUUGAUGGCUUGAUCGACAAGGCCGGUUGGAUGCCGUGGAGCGGCGAUUUUGCUCUGAAAACGUUAUAUUAUGGAGAGUACAUGAACACCGGUCCCGGCUCCUCCACGGCCGGGAGAGUGAAAUGGGCCGGCUACCAUGUGAUAACCAGUGCCAACGUGGCGUCCCAGUUCACUGUCGGGAAAUUCAUCUCCGGCGACUCAUGGCUGCCGUCCACAGGGGUGCCGUUCACGUCCGGCCUCUGAUUCGUUCAAUUCCCCAGUAAAUGGGGAAACUGCAAGUGUUUAUAAUUUAUAUGUCUUACAAUAAAUAAGUAUGAUUUCUCAAAGUUAUUUUGUUUUCAUCAAACAUUUCUGUGAUACGUACGGUUGUCAUUAUUGUCUAUGUAUUCUUCUGCAUACAUGAAUAAAACCAAUGAAUUUCUCUCUU